AUGUAUGGAAGCUGCCUUUUGGAAAAAGAAGCGGGCAUGUACCCAGGCACUCUCAGAAGCCCUGGAGGAGGCAGCACAGCCGGGGUGGGUACCUCUGGGGGUAGUGGUAGUCCGCUGCCUGCCUCCAACUUCACUACGGCCCCAGCUUAUCCACACUACAUGGGGUACCCUCAUAUGCCUAACAUGGAUCCUCAUGGGCCGUCGCUGGGAGCCUGGAGCUCACCCUACAGUCCACCCAGGGAAGACUGGAGUACAUACCCUGGGCCGUCCAGUACGAUGGGCACAGUGCCCAUUAACGACAUGACCUCGAGCUCUCCGGCUUUCGGCUCACCAGACUACAGCAAUCUGGGCCCCACCAGUGGCGCAAGCAACGGCGGUAGCCUGCCAGCCCCGGCCAGCGAGUCACUGGCCUCCAUCGACUCGGGCACCGCUGGUGCCAGUUCUCCCAGCAGGAGCCGCCACAGCCCCUACGCGUGGAUGCGCAAGACUGUGCAGGUGACCGGGAAAACCAGAACAAAAGAAAAGUAUCGUGUGGUUUACACUGAUCAUCAAAGGCUGGAGCUGGAAAAGGAAUUUCACUGCAAUAGAUACAUCACCAUCCGGAGGAAGUCAGAGCUGGCAGUUAACCUGGGCCUUUCUGAGAGACAGGUGAAAAUCUGGUUUCAGAAUCGCAGAGCCAAGGAGAGGAAGAUGAUCAAGAAGAAAAUCUCCCAGUUUGAGAACAGUGGAAGUUCCGUGCAAAGUGACUCUGGCUCCAUCAGCCCUGGGGAGCUGCCUAACACGUUUUUCACCACUCCAUCCGCUGUCCGUGGAUUUCAGCCAAUUGAGAUACAACAAGUCAUAGUCUCCGAAUGAAACGAGAGCAGGAAACAGAAGCACCCUUCCCACUGCAGUGUCUCUCUGGCCUCUAAGAUAACAGCAGGGCAGUUGAGAUUGGAUGUAACUCUUUAGAAGGCAGAAUUCCAACUACGUGGACACACAAUGAGUUGCAGAGAUUUUAGAAGUCUCUAACGUUCAGAAACUAUUCCCAGAUAAUUCCUAUUCUACGCUGUUCUAUGUGGGCCUGGGCAGGAAGCUCAGUGAUAAGUUUUGCUACUUAAAGUCUAGACUCACGAGCCCUUGCAACUUUCUUCACAGUUUCAGAAACUUGCUUGUGAACAGAUUUUAAAACCCAGUCCUGCCCAGAGGCACAUGUACACAUGUGUUCUUGUGUUUGUUAUUUGAUCCUGAGCGUCUUUGUGGUCCUUUGUAGGGAAUAGGAGUAAAGUAAGCAGACAUUUCUCUCUAGAUACCUUUUCAAGCAGUAAUUCAAAACGCCCAGUCUUCCUAACAAGCUAACUUUGUAAGACAGCAUCAGGAGGUUAUUACAAAUCUAUUGCCACUGACU